AUGGGGUAUGUGGCGGGUGGCCGUUGUUCUUUUCCCUCGGUGGAAUUUCCAAAGGGUGAUGCCAUGAUGAUUUCAACGUGCAUUGUUCAAAGAGUGUGGGGAAUGGAUCCCGUUCUCCUUCAUGGUGUCGCUCUUUGUUGUUGGGCGUGGUGUGCGGGGUGGUGGCCCGGCGGAUCGGACCCCCAGCAAACAAUGAAAAAAAAGAAACGGGGAAAAACCAAAAGAAUGCGAAAAGCAUGGGGUUUGGGAAUUGGGAGUUGUGAAAUAAAAGAAAAUAAACACCCAAAGAAAACACAAAACGGACACGCACCUCGCGGUCCCCAACGGCAAAGGAACUUCCCAACGACACGCGUGAUGGGCAGCGGGCUUUCCCACGAGCGUGGCUCU